AUGGCAGCCAUCACAGCAGAGCAAUUGUUGAGCAGCAAACCCAGAGGAGAUUCUACCUCGGAUUCGGCGGCGUCACGCCCGGUCCCCUUGAUCUGCAGCAUCUGUCCCAAGAAUACCAACUUCUCCGAUGUCUCCCAUCUGCUCACACAUAUCUCCUCCAAAGGCCAUCUGUCCAACAUGUUCAAGCUCGAUAUUGCCAGAUACACCGACCAAGGUGCCCGAGAGAAGUUGGAAGAAUACCAAGCAUGGUUCGAUGAAUUCAACAUUCGUGAGCUCCUGCAGAGCAGAAGCGAGAAUAGAAUUCAGAAGGGCAGUGUUGGUCGAAGCCGCAAUGGCAGCAGCACGCGCGGUGGAACCCCGACCGUUGGCCUCCGCGGCGGACGGACAUCAUUGCGAGUUCGUGACGACUCAAAGUUGACAACCCGUACGGAUUCUAUCAAAUGCACACCCGAGGAUGACAUCGACUUAAUCUCAGACUUCAAGCCUUCAUCACAUGCACAUGCCCAGCAGCAUUGGCGUCAAAACAAUGUCGCUCAAUCUUGGUCCGAUCUACCUUCUUGGAAUGGUGCUUACUAUGGUUCUGGUUUUCAGCAGGAGCUCGGCUUUGGCAUUGACCAGCCGGAUGCGGAUGCGGAUGAGAAUGAUGAUGAUGAGGAGGAGGAGGAGGCUGACACUGUGUCCAAAUAUGAGCCAUCCGAUAAUGAAGACGAAGAACUGGGGAGCACAAGCAUCAUCCCCUCCGAUGACACAAUGAACACCACGAUGCACGACGCAGAUGUUCAAGCGGCAUUGGACAUCUUAGACAUCGAGGAACGUGAGCGUCUCCAUUUCAGAAAGUAUCUGAAAGGAGAUAUUGCCUCACUCGAGGGAGUCGGUGGGUUUGAUGCGGCUCCAGAGGAGCAACGCCGUAAGCGAAAUCAGAAGAAGGACCCUUCUGUCCUAGUCCAUAUGGAGGCUAGUUCUAAGGCUGUUCGAACUCUCGAACAGGUGACAGAUUUGAACUUCAAUCAUGUCCGCUGGCGUGAUGUAUACGACGAACCUUCCGUUGCCGGAAGCGAAAAUGAUGACGAGCCUAAGCCACCCAAGAAAAGGCGUCGAUCUCCAAAGAAGACUCGCGGAAGGCCUGGUAGACCUCGAGCUAUCAAAGUCGAACGGGCCACAUCACGAGACUCAAGCUUUGCCCCUGCCACUCGUGGUCGUGGAAGGGGUCGCGCAGCAAGGAUCACACGUCAAGCCUCCAUUCAUUCUACAGCACCGAGGCCGUCUUCUACCCAGGGAUCUUCUCUGCCUACCAUGCCCACUUUGAGAUUGGAUCGCUCCACACGAACAAACUUCAGCUCAAUCUCGAAUUUUGGUGCUCCUGGCCAUGUCCGUGUAGGCAAUCGCGUGGUUGAUGUGUUCAGAGACAAUAUGGAUACUAUGCCAAGUGCGACCGACUUUCCUGCGAUCCAGCGACAGCAGGAUGGUCUUCCCGAUUUGACACUGCGUCCUGGAAACACCAAUUUGUCUCUUUUGUCUCCAACUCCUAUGCUGAAACGCCACACACCAAGUCGUCUUUUCCCAAGCAAAGAGAACAGCCGCAGUUCCUUUCAGACUCCACCCACAACCUCAAACCCAUAUCUGAGCAACAUGGAUUCCCUUAAUGAAAGCUCGUUCAAUCCACUCUGCGUACAAUCUCAGGAAAGUGCUCAUGUUCAAGGUUACUCAACCUGGAAAGAGGACACAAAGCUACACGCGGCGGGUUUCCAGCCAAUUAAUACUCAACCGGGUUUCAAUUCUUUGCAUCUUACUUCUCAUAACAACGACAACUACUAUUCGCCUCAUUAGACCCACAGUCUGAAUGAAACUUACGACAUUUGAUUUUCGAGAGGUUUCGUCCCAUGAUUUGCAGGAGACUAUUUUCAUCGCGUUGAUCAGGCAAAUUUUCGAC